CGUUUCUUGCCUCUUCUCGCGAGAAUUUAAAAAAAAAAAAAAUCUCCCGAUGAAAGUUGAAUGAAGAGUACAAAAUAUUUAUCUCGCGAGACCUGUGAGCGGCCAUCUUGCGCUGCCCUGACAGAUUCUCCUAUCAGGGGUCACAGGAACGCUAAGAUUGGUCUCUGGAUCUUCGCUGACCAUGCUGUCCCGGAUAGUACUUUCUGCUGCCGCCACAGCGGCCCCCUCUCUGAAGAAUGCAGCUUUCCUAGGUCCAGGGGUAUUGCAAACAACAAGGACCUUUCACACAGGGCAGCCACACCUUGCCCCUGUACCACCUCUUCCUGAAUAUGGAGGAAAAGUUCGUCAUGGACUCAUCCCUGAGGAGUUCUUUCAGUAUCUUUAUCCUAAAACUGGUGUAACAGGACCCUAUGUGCUUGGAGCUGGGCUUAUCUUGUAUGCUUUAUCCAAAGAAAUAUAUGUGAUUACCGGAGAGACCGUCACUGGGCUAGUAACAAUAGGGAUAUAUAUCUUUGGAAUUAAAAAAUUUGGUCCUUCUGUUGCAGCAUUUGCUGAUAAACUCAAUGAGGUAAGAACCAUAAACAUUAUUUCCCUACAAAAUAAUGAAUUAUGGAAUACCAGAAUAGUGGAAUCCAAUAAGUGUUCCUUCAAGUGUAUAAACAAUAUUCGUUUCUUAAUUUUGCUGCAGAAUAACAUUGCUCUGACUAUGGAGGUUAGUUACCGGCAACGACUGCAUAUGGUUUAUAAGGAAGUAAAGAAUCGCCUGGACUAUCACAUAUCUGUGCAGAACAUGAUGCGUCGAAAGGAACAAGAGCACAUGAUAAAUUGGGUGGAGAAGCACGUGGUGCAGAGCAUCUCUGCACAGCAGGAAAAGGAGACAAUUGCCAAGUGCAUUGCUGACCUAAAGCUGCUGGCAAAGAAGGCUCAAGCACAGCCAGUUAUGUAAAUGUAUCUAUUCCAAUUGAGACAGCUAGAAAGUUGACUGACUAAAUGGAAACGAGUUUAUUUGACAAAAUCUUUCUGUAUUGGUGUCUACUGAAGUUAUGGUUUACCUCUCCUAAAAAUGAAAAGUUUGUGUUAAAUAGUGACAGAACGAAAUCUCUAUCGGCCAGUCAACUAUUUCUCGUCAUUCUUACUCUGCAUUUGAGUUAUUCUAUGAUCACUUCUGUAUAAGCCUUUAUAAAAACUUGCUGCCUGACUAAAGAUUACCACGUUGUAGUUUAAAUUUGUAAUUAAUUCUACCGUCUUGCAAUAAAGUGACAAUGACAUGAGGUUUUUCAAGUUGUGUAAGUCUCUGAAAUACUCAGCUUUUGUCAUAUAGGUAAAAAUUAAAGAUGUCAUUGAACUACUGUCUUGUUGAUGAGACCAUCCAGUGGUGAAUUAUUUCUGGCUGAUAUGAGAUAUGUAAAGCUUUGUAGUACUCUUAAAAUAACUAAAUGGAAUAUUGUAUAUCAA